AUGAAGUCGAUGAUGCUCAAGCUCUCGGUCCUUCUGCUGCUUUUCUUGGUGCUCCGGGAGUCCGCUGCAGUGCGCGGAGCCCUAUUCCGGUCCGGUAGGGCUGUGCCCUACGAGCGGGUGCCAGGACAACAGGUAAGAAUUCGAUAAUAUCGUUAAAACUGGAAUUGAAGACGAACCCUAGUGUUGUCGCUCCAAAUUGAUGUAUCGCAGUUAUGGAUGGAGCUAUCAAAAAGUUGUCAACUAGUAAAAUGUUCAGCAUAAAAUCUAGUACAUUUUAUCAGUUUACAACUUGCCGUUAUCUUUAUUGGCAGCUGAGAUACAGCGCAAAUUAAAGAGCACGGCAGUAUUGCCUCCAAAACCCCCCAGAAAUCUCGCAUUUUGAAAUGAAAAGUGAGUGAAUUAGUGAUAAGAAAAGACCGGAAGGCCGCAUUUAGCCGUAUUUCAUCUAUUUUCGGCUUGAGAUUUGAUGAUUUCACAUUGAUAAAUCAGUCGGUCACUGUGUCUCAUCUAGAAUUGAGUGCGCGGGCGAGGAUGUUGGGGUCAGACCUAGUUUUGGAGAUGGAUUGUAGCUAGACAAAAUAGUUUGUUGGUUGGUUGCAAAACGUCCCCCCUCUAGUUGCAAAACGUCCAUCAGAAAGCGGCCCCAACGUGCCGCGAAGUGGACAUCUUCGUUCCGUGCCUGUUCACCGCCGGUCGUCAGUGCGUCAUCGACAAAAUCUGUGUGCACGAGACACCCACCGCCCACGCAUUCUCAUUUUCGUCGCCGAGUCCGAGUACGAGUACGAGUACGAAACGCCAGUCCCAUUUGACCCAAAUCGCGCCGCCUAGAACAAAUGUGAGCCGUUCUCACUGCUUUUCAACGACUUUUUAUCGGGUUUUCAGGACUUUCUACGCUUCGGACGAGCUGGCGGGACCAGUGGUGGAGCCGAAGGAGCCGAGUUCAUUCGCAUCGCCGGAGAGCCCGAGUUGCAGUUGGUCUAUCGUUAA